GCUCUUCGUCCACGUCAGGCUGAUAGUGAUAAGUAAUUAGCAGUUAAUUAAUUAAUUACCCGGUGAGAGGUUCAGGAUAUGAUGACGUGGACGAGCAGGAUGACGUGGAGCUAUGGUGGUGAUGACGAUGAUGAUGAUGGUGAUGACGAUGAUGAUGAUGGUGAUGACACUAAAUUGAUUGACUAUGACGAUGUUGAUGACGUGGCGGUUUUCGAUGAUGAUGCAGAUGAUAAACGUAGCGGUCUCGAUGAUGAUGAUGAUGAUGAUGAUGGUGGUGGUGAUAUGUUCUGGGUGAAUAGUGCUGCUGCUGCUUCUGUUGUUGAUGAUGAUGAGGAUGAGGAUGAUGAUGAUGAGGAUGAGGAGGAUGAGGAUGACGAGGAUGACGAGGAGGAUGAGGAUGAGGAUGAGAAUGAAGAAGCUCAUGACAAGGGGCACCUGUGCAGGUCGCCCGGGCGCCCACCGACUUGCGCGCACCAGUUCUGCCCGGAUCUGGAGGCGGAGGAGAAGAAGAGAAGCAGGGGGAGGAGGAGGGAGGAGGAGGCAGGAGGAGGAAGAGGAGAGGAUGAGGAGAAGAGGAUGAGGACGAGCAGGAGGAGGAGGCGCGGGAGGAGAAGUAGAGGAGCACGAGGACGCCGCGGAGGACGACAAGAGGAUGAGGAUGACGGGGAGGAGGAGGAGGAGGAGCAGAAGAGGAGAGGAGGCGGAAGUGAAGAAAAGGCAGAGUAGGAGCACGAUGAGAAGAGG